AUGGAAGAAUCACCACAAAGUGUUGGAGGAACUAACAAUCACAACAAUGUUACUGGUGCUACUGGUUCUUCUAUCGCUGAUUGUAUAGAAAUACUCGAUGAUAAUGACAUAUCAUCGCAGACAAAUCAAAGUGCGAAUAUUCAGAGAAAUGAGAGUAUAGAACUUGAAGAGGUUGAAGAGGCCGAUACCGACCCCGACAAGAUUAUGUAUGAAAUCCCAGUUUAUCUCUCUCAAAAACUCACAAACAAACUCUUUAUAGUUCAGCACCCUGUCCGACCACGCGCAAACCCCUAUAUAGGUAAAAAUACACCACGCGAAGCGCGUUUCAAGCCGCAUUCGCAAAAACUCGAACUUGACAUCCCGCUACAGACCACCUCUCAAUGGUAUGAUCGGGAUAGAGGUGCAGAAUUAGCGUUGGGACUUAAUGAUAAAGAAGCUAGAACCAUUUACGAUCGUACAUGGAAGCUUGAUCAAUAUGAUGGAUUAUUAGACAAACAAACAUUGCAGUCUACUAUUGUUCCACCACAAGCAACUUAUUGGAUGGGGACGAUGAAAAAUAAUGCCCUUCACUUAACACCUGUUCAUGCAACAUUACAAUUACGCCCGGGAUUAAAAUAUCAUGACAAGAUUGAUGAAAAAAAUAGAAAUGCUAAUAAAAAAGCUCAGGUUCUUGAAGAAGAAGAUAGUAUUAAUGAAUUAAAAAGCUCCAGAAUGAUGUCUGAUGAACAAAGUAUCGUGUCCAACAGAGUUAGAGGAUCUGGAAAGGGGAAAGUUCCCAUGAAUGCUAUUACAGAUAAAAGUACGGAUAAAUCACUGCUUAAAAAAAACUCCCGUCCAAAAUUACAACGAAUAGGAGAGGAAGAAUCAUGGAUUAAGAUGAGAUAUUAUGAUGCUGAACUUCUUUCUACUAAUUUGAGGACUGAUUCUAUAUCUAAACCCAUUGAAAUUUUGCCUAAGCCUCAACUCAAUUCCACUACGAGAUCAACUCCUAGUAGUUCUAAGAAGGAAAACGAGGUAGUGCUUGUACCCGGAUAUUUAGUCGAAUAUCCGGAUAGACAUUCUAUUUAA